UCCAGCCGCGCCCAGUAUCACACGGACACAUUUGACCAGUGCAACAUUCCCCAAAACAAAGUGACAGAUAUGUAAAAUAUCAUGAUGGAAAGCAGCCCCUCUCCCGUGCCUGAGAGGGCCAUCUAUGGCUUUGUUGUAUUCCUCGGCUCACAGUUUGCUUUCUUUCUCUAUUGCGUGUGGGCAUACAUACCGGAGGAGUGGCUUCAUUCAGUCGGACUCACUUAUUGGCCUCAAAAGUAUUGGGCCCUCGCUGCACCAAUCUAUCUGCUGGUCGCAUUAAGCGUUUCUGUAGUGUUGCUAUUUGGAAUCAAUAUGUAUAAUACAGCACCACUCGACUGCCUGGACAACAUUACAGAUGGAUUUGCACAAAGCCAGAGGGGUGAAGUUGCCCAGAAGGGUCAAAUACCAAGACUGAAGGAUGUUGCAAUCAGUGACAUCAACAAAAUGUUUUAUUUGUCACCUAAAUUUUAACCAGCCAACAACGUGGCGGUCCCUCUAAAUUACUUUUUGUUUACUCAAUUAAAGGCGUUGAAUCAGCA